UGGAGGAAGACUCGUCAAUAUAACCCAAGAAGAGACCUCACGAGGAAGUGGGAACCCAUAAAUAUAUAUAAUAUUAAAAAAAGAAAAGGAAGAAGAAGGAAGCCAAUGGUGAAGCGACACCUGUUGAUGAUGGGAAUAAGGGCGAGCUUCCACUCCAUCGCCGCCGUCCUCGUUGCCGGAGUCAUUGUCAUCGCCAUGUACCUCUCCCAAAACGCUGGCUCCCAGAACCUAAACGAUGCCGUUUCGGACGUGGAAGGAGGAGGCAGUGGCAGUGGAUGUAAUUUGUACGAAGGGAAGUGGGUGUUUGAUAAUGAGUCGUACCCUCUGUACAAGGAAGAAGGUUGCAGAUUCAUGUCGGAUCAACUGGCUUGCGAGAAGUUCGGACGGAAAGAUUUGAGUUACAAGUUCUGGAGAUGGCAACCUCACCGAUGUGAUCUCCCCAGGUUUAACGGGACGAAGUUGCUAGAGAGGCUAAGGAACAAGAGGAUGGUAUACGUAGGAGAUUCACUCAACAGAGGCCAAUGGGUCUCAAUGGUGUGUUUGGUCGGUUCGGCCAUUACAAAUCCUAAGCUAAUGUAUAUGCAUAACAAUGGCUCCAACCUCAUCACCUUCAAAGCCCUCGAAUACAAUGCGACGAUAGAGUUCUAUUGGGCCCCACUGCUGGUGGAGUCGAAUUCGGAUGAUCCGACGUACCAUAGGUUACCGGAUCGAGUUGUUCGGAUCCAAUCGAUAGAGAAACAUGCGAGACAUUGGACCGACUCCGACAUCCUCGUCUUCAACUCCUACUUAUGGUGGAAACGUCCCCAUAUUCAAGCUCUGUGGGGGUCGUUUGAGAAGUCCGAAGAUGGGAUAUACAAAGAAGUGGAGAUGGAGAGAGCAUACGAGAUGGCUCUCCGGACUUGGUCUCAGUGGUUGGAGCUUCAUAUUCGCCGAAACACCACUCGGCUUUUCUUCAUCUCCAUGUCCCCCACUCAUGAAAGGGCUGAAGAGUGGGGAGGAGAAAUGAACAAGAGCUGCUACGGGGAGACGGAGAGGAUAAGGAGGGAGGGGUACAGGGGAAAAGGGUCGGAUCCGGAGAUGAUGAGAGCGGUGGAAAACGUGAUCGGAGAAUUGCGGACAAGAGGAGUGGAAGUCGAGAUGAUAAACAUAACGCAGAUGUCGGAAUACAGGAAAGACGGGCACCCUUCUAUCUAUAGGAAGCAGUGGGAGCCAUUGAAGGAGGACCAGAUGCUUGAUCCCGACAGCUACUCCGACUGCAUACACUGGUGCUUACCAGGUGUCCCCGAUGUCUGGAACCAACUCCUCUACGCUUUUCUCCUCAAGGAUUGAUUGUCUAAUCAUUUAUCGUCCUCAACAUUUGCAAUUGUACAGUUUAUUAUUUUUCCAACAAUACUUUGUGUGUAAUUACCCACAUGUUUGUGGUCGAGUGACCACCUACCGAAAAGGCUCUUCAAGGUCGAGC